AUGUACGGGCGAUCUGCAUCUCAGCUUCUGAAGGAGCAAGCAUCCUGUGAAUCCGGUCAAUUGACCGUCUUUAACAACGUGGCAUUCGACCAAGUUAUCAAAGAGUGCGACGAACACCAUCUGCAGCUCGAAUCAUUAUUCAGGAAACUGAUGGAGCAGAAGUUGGAUGUCCAAACAACCAGAAACGGAGAUCACUUGGGUGCAUUUAUCCAUCACCAUUCGUUGCUUCGCAAUAAACGCUGCCUCAUGGCUUACAUGCAAAACCGAGCGGAGAUCGUCCGGAGCUUGAGAUGGCAACUCGGCCCUGUGCUCCCCGAAGAAAUAAAAGCAAAACUGAGUUAUUCCGAGGGGGUGUAUUUCGCGGAUCACUCCAAAGCGAUAGCGUCUUACAUGUCAGAGAUGGACAUCGAUUUGACUGUGGAUAUGGUUCCGCCGAAGAGCCCCUCCGUUCAAGUUAUGGUGCUGGACGACAUUGGUGAAGUGUGUCUCGGAGACCAGUCCAUCUCUCUCACCAAGCACUCGCUGCAUUCUCUUAGCCGGACCGAUGCCGAACCAUUCAUUUCCCAGGGUCUAAUGGAAGAACUUUUGGACUGA